AUGCCAUGCUCUAGAUUCUUCCUGAUUCCCAUCUUAUGCCUUGUAAACGUCUACGCCAACCUCGUUCUCGCCUCGGGCUCGGAGUGGAACGACGACAUCGCAAAGCGCGCCCACGACCCCCUCAACACGAUUGAAAGUAAACAGGAGCACCAUUUCGCAGGCCUUGGACCACGAGACAGUGCAGCUCGAUCAUCAUACUGGAAACCACUACGGCUCUCGCAACGAGAGCCCCCUUCAGACUUCGAGGCUCAACUCGCCGACGUCGCUAAUCAGCUCACCUCUAGUCUCAACACGCUCUGGGCACUCAUCCAACGUGAAUACAACAUCGGCCCUCCAGUCAUUGCUUCGGGAUCCUCACAUCCCACGGUGUACCCGAUAACGUUUGCCAACAGCCAUGGCAGCUAUCCGACACCGGGACCUUCCAGUACACCAACGGCGGCAGCAUCCUCCUCCUCCUCAUCUAGCCAGCAAACGCCCUCUGGCACAUACGCCUUCAACCCACAGGCCUCCGACCUCAAUAUCGUGUACUACUCCCAAACAGACCUGACGAAGACCGUCACUCUGACGCAGGUCUGCUCGGAUCCUUCGGUCGACGUGGUCAUCCUAGCCUUCAUCACCAGCCUCUUCGGCAAAGGGGGCUACCCGAGCAUGAACAUGGCAUCCAACUGCUGGGCACCCAGCGCCGCGCAACAAAACGCCGGUGCGACAGGGCUGCUGGACUGCGUAGGUGACGGAUUCGCCGUCCAGAUCUCCUCGUGCCAGUCUCUGGGCAAAAAAGUCCUCAUCAGCAUGGGCGGCAUAUACUCCAACCUGCAGAUCUCGAGCACCGACCAAGCUACACAAGCAGCCCAAUUGCUAUGGAAUUUGUUCCUCGGCGGUACCGACGCCGCGACCGCACCGCUGCGUCCCUACGGCAGCGUGGUCCUCGACGGGAUUGAUCUAGACAAUGAAAACCCCUCCAACGCUCAAUACAUGCCAUCCCUGAUGGCUGCCCUUCGGACCCUCAUGGCCACCGACUCCGCAAAAUCAUACUACCUCUCCGCGGCCCCUCAAUGCCCUCAACCAGACCAAUCGAUCCUCGUUCCCGGGCUUCUCGACGUGGUCGACUUCUUCAACGUGCAGUUCUACAACAACCCGUCGUGCCAACUCGGCUCAGGCCAAGGCUUUCUCGACUCCCUGACUUCGUGGUCGAGCAGCCUCCUCCUUCCAGCCGUACACGGCGGCCCGGGACCAUCGUCCAGGCCAAGAUCACCACCGCGGCGGAAAAGGUCACGCGCCUCUCUUUCCACUCGUAGAACUCAGAUCCCUCCAGCUUCCUUUGGCGACGCGGCACCUGGCGCCAGCAGCAACGGCGGCGGCGGCGGCGACGACGACAAUGACGACAACACUGGCUUCAUGAACAUCAACAACGGCGUCACAUACCCGAGACUCCUCGUCGGCACGCCUGCCUUCGGCGCCGCAGGGACCGGGUACGUGACCGUUGCACAGUACAAGGAUAUACUGGAACAGGUCAAGGCGUUGCGUCUGCCCAACGUGGCAGGAGCCAUGUUUUGGGAUGGCGCGUACGAGAUCAGGAGUGGUGCUCCCGUCGACGGUGCAGGCACGAACAAGACGUACGUUCAGGUUGUCAGGGAUGUUUUGGGAUGA